AUGGGGUUGACCGGAACCACGCUGGUGUUGGCGUGGCUUCAGUUGAAUUGGUGUUUGUGUGCUUCAUUGCCUGCAGUGUCUCUGGCCUUCUUCGGGAGCACUGCAGCCCACAAUUGCCAGAACGGAACGAGACCCGCAUCGGAGCAAAAUAGAGAAGGCUGCGACUUUUACUGCUGGAAUACUGGCACCAAUUCAUGGGACAAAUUUUUCUUUGGGAACGGAGAAAAAUGCUUUUACAACAGUGGUGAUCGGGGAACAUGUCAAAACGGAGAAUGUCAUUUGACAACUAGUUCAGGUGGGCCCACCGACACUGAUGACAAUACUCCUGCGCCCACUGAAAAGCCCAAGCAAAAAAAGAAGAAACCUAAGAAGACUAAGAAACCUAAGCGCAAGUCAAAGAAAGAUCAGUAGGAGAACUUCUCACUAGAAGAAAUAAACCUAAACCAGGCUAAAUAAA